AUGUUUGACAAGACGCGGCUGCCCUUCGUGUUCCUGGAUGUGGUCUGCGUGGUGCUGGCUGGCUUACCCCUGGGUGUUCUAAACUUGGCCAAAAUAAAGCCGUAUCAGAGAGGCUUUUUCUGUAAUGAUGACAGCAUCAAGUAUCCAUUCCAUGACAGUACCGUCACAUCCACUGUCCUCUAUGCAGUGGGGUUCACCCUGCCCAUUUUCUCUAUAAUCGUAGGAGAAGGCCUGUCUGUCUAUUAUAACUGUUUGCACUCGAAUUCGUUUGUCAGAAAUAACUACAUAGCCACUAUUUACAAAGCCAUUGGGACUUUCAUUUUUGGUGCGGCGGCUAGCCAAUCCCUGACGGACAUUGCCAAGUACUCCAUAGGUAGACUGCGACCCCACUUCCUGGCUAUAUGCCAACCAGAUUGGACACGAGUCAACUGCAGUCUAGGUUACAUUGAAAACUUCCCAUGUCAAGGAGACAAAGUACAAGUUAAUGAGGGAAGACUGUCAUUUUACUCUGGGCAUUCUUCAUUCUCUAUGUACUGCAUGCUGUUCCUAGCACUUUAUCUUCAGGCCAGAAUGAAAGGAGAUUGGGCAAGACUUGUACGUCCCACAGCGCAAUUUGGUCUCAUUGCCGCAUCUAUCUACGUGGGUCUCUCCCGUGUUUCUGAUUACAAACAUCACUGGAGUGAUGUGUUGACUGGACUCCUUCAGGGAGCGGUGGUAGCUGUGCUCAUCGUGGUGUACGUAUCAGAUUUUUUCAAAGUGAGGGGAUGUACGUUUAAACCCAACGAAGAAGAUUCGCAUACAACUCUACAUGAGACACCAACAAAUGGAAAUCACUAUGGCAGUAAUCACCAACCCUGAAGAAUUGCUGAGCAUGAUCCUGUGAAGUCUCCUGCUUUCUAAAAGAAAAAUGAUUUUAAUGAGUCUCCCUAUGUAAAAUAAAAAUGCCUUUAAGGGACUGCUGCUGCUAUAUCUCUUGGAUGCUCACUUUACAUGUAUAUAGUAACAUAUAACAGCAUUGUGUAUAUCUAAUAGCUUUAAAAAUCUUUUUUAAUUCUAUUCAAGCUUACUGCUUAUAAAAACACAAAUGUAAUUUUUUAUUAAAAUAACAUGGUAACACUUAUGUACAAA